AUGGUAAAAUUUGCCAAGGUAACAUUUAUUUUAUAUAAAAGUGCAAAGCUAUUGAUUACCCUCUUCACCAGUCUUGCAAGACAGAGAUAACUGAUGUGAUUCGCAGGGUCAGUUGAAAUUACUGCUAAAACAGGUCAGUCUUUACAUGUUAAUGUAACGGAGAAAGCUGCCUCCACAUCAUAGUUAGCAAAAUUGCUUUUUUAAGCAUAUCUAAAAUAUACAGAACGAUGCCGAACUUCUGGCAAACCUGUGAAUUUACGACCCCAGCACGUUACACUUUUCAGUAGACUCUGGGAAACGCCAAAUAAAACAACCCCACCUCUUCUGAUAAUUUCCCUACACCUUGAUUAGUCUUAUAUUAAAUUACUACUUAGAUAUCGAUGACUGUAGCGAUGGAAGCCAUGACUGUCACUUUGCACCGAUUGUACAAACACCGCUGGAUCAUUCGACUGCAGCUGUCAGUCUGGACACCUUGGAGAUGGACGGCACUUUUGCUCAGGUAUAUCUUGAUCUUUAACCCAAAACACAAACAAAUGUGAGUGAGUAGUGUGGUUUGAACAUAACCACAGUUAUUUUUGAAUUACUUUCCUCCAACAAAUCAAUUUAUUUUGCGUUACCAUUUCUAAGACGCGAAAACCUAAGGCUUUCUUUGAAACCUGACAAACUAUUUAACAGAUAACUGGAAAAAGGUCAACCUCGAUCCUGUCUGUUUUGGGACAAAAAAUGACGACCACGGAACUUUUUAUAUCCAAGAAGCCGGUCAAAUCUACACAUUUAAACUUGUCCAUACAAGUGGUUCCGUGA